CUUCUGUGCAGCAUUCGUUCGCUUCUUCGCAAGCUGCGUCAGGACGUGGUGGUGGGUGAUGUGGUGCGAGUGAGCUCCAUCGACUGGCGGGAGGGCCGCGGAGUGGUUUCGGAGGUUCUCCCCCGCAGCAGCCGCCUGGUGGACCCCAACGUGGCCAAUGUGGACCACGUGCUGCUGGUAUUCGCACUUGACCAACCGCCGUUUGAGGAGCUGCAGGUGAGCCGCUUCCUGGUGGCCGCGGAGGCCGCCGGACUGCCCUUCAGCCUUGUUCUCAACAAGGCGGACCUGGUGGGGCGGGAGGUGGUGGAGAAGAGGGUGGCGCAGUGCAGGUCGUGGGGUUACGAGCCUCUGGUACUGAGCUGCGAGGGGGGUUGGGGGGUGGAGGCGGGCCGCAUCUCCGUGGUUGCGGGUCCCUCCGGGGCAGGCAAGUCCUCCCUCAUCAACUUCCUGCGACUUGGGAGACACAGACCGGAACAAAGGAUAGACGCAGCCACGGGGACACCGGCGACAGCGGCGGCAGCAGAGGGGGGGGAGGGGGGUUUAGGGUUUCUGGCUGUCGGUUCCGUUUCCAAGAUUGGCCGUGGUAUGCACACCACCACUUCGGUGACUUUGUUGCAGCUGGCUGGGGGAGGCUGGUUGGCCGACACGCCGGGAUUCGGACAGCCCGCCCUGGAGGACCUAUCCUCCACGGACUUGUCCCGCUACUUCCCCGAGCUGCUCGCCCUCACCGCCGCCUCGCCGUGCCGCUUCGCUGACUGCCUCCACCUUUCUGAGCCCGGCUGCUCGGUGGGCGCGGCGGGGCUGGCCAGGUACCCGCACUACCGGCGGUUCCUCCAGGAGAUCAAGAUGCGGGAGUCAUGCGACGUACGGCAGCUUCAGCGCGGCAAGGCGGAACGUGAGGGUGUGACGAAGACGAAGAGCGUCCGUGGGGGGGGAGAGAGGCAGGAGAUCCGACUGGAUCCUCGUCGCCACCGCCGGCAGUCGCGACAG